CUUUAUAUUAAACACCUCAUGAAUAAUUGUUUGCUUUACUGUAAAACACAUCUCCCCUUUUUACGUAUACGAAAAAUGGCUGAUUUGAGAGACGAACACGGCAACCCUAUUCAACUCACCGACGAACACGGCAACCCGGUUCAACUCACUGACGAACACGGUAACCCCAUUUAUGUCACCGGUAUUGCCACCAAGCAUCCCACGACGACAACGUCACUGUCGGGUUUAAUGGGAUAUGGCACCGGUUCCGCCGUCGCCACUGAUCAGUCACAACAGCAGCUGCAGCCACCGCCUCCGCAGCAAACACAGCCGCUGCAUUACGAGGUUUCCGGCAAGGAAAAGAUUCAACGCUCCAGCAGCUCCAGCUCCAGCUCCAGCUCCAGCUCUAGCUCGUCGGAGGAUGAUGGGAUGGGCGGUAGAAGGAAGAAAGGGCUGAAAGAGAAAGUAAAGGAGAAGCUAACAAGUGGAAAGAAGAAGGAGGAGGAUCAAUCUCAGACCAAAACUUCGGCUGUCAAAACCACCGCGUCAACCACAACCACCACGACUGAUCCCCCGCCUGGCCAGCACCACGAGAAGAAGAGUGUGAUAGAGAAGAUAAAGGAAAAACUACCUGGUCAUCAUGCUCAUUAACCACUGAAAGUUUGUAGUUGUGUUGAAUUAUUUACUUUCUACCGUGAUGUUGUAUUUGUGAAUUCUAUGUCUUUUAUUUUUGAACUUUGAAGUGUGCUACGUUUGUGAAAUGUGUAAUAUUAGUAUUUUGUUUUUUUAGUUAUUUGACCUUAAGUAAAUGAAUGUAUAAUGAA